AUGGGGCUCUGCCGGCGUCGGCUCACCUGGUUGCUGCUCCUGCUGGCCGUCAUCGCGGGGACCCUCCUGUCCCGGUACCCCGCGGCCCUGCGCGUGGACUCGGAGCCCCGGGCGGGACCCUGCCGGCGCUCGGUGCGUGGGGCCGUUCAGCAGCACCCGCGUUUCCAGAGGCUCUUCAACCUCUCUGCCCCGGUGCUGCUCUCGGAGGACCUCCUCACCCCAGAGCUCUGGGCCAGACUGAGCCAGCGCAAAGCCCCCUACGGCUGGCAGGGGCUCUCCCAGCAAGUCAUCACCUCGACCCUCAGCCUUCUGAAAGGCUCCGACGGCACGGAGCUAUUUGGGGGUCGCUGGAGACAGCGCCCCCGCUGCGUUCGUUGUGCCGUGGUGGGCAACGGGGGGAUUUUGAACGGCUCCCGCCAGGGGCUGAACAUCGACGCCCACGACUUUGUCUUCAGGCUCAAUGGCGCCGUGAUCAGAGGCUUCGAGCAGGACGUGGGCACCAGAACCUCCUUCUACGGCUUCACAGUCAACACCCUCAAGAACUCCCUCCUGGCCUACAGGAGCCUGGGCUUCACCUCCGUGCCCCAGGGGCAGGACCUGCGCUACAUCUUCAUCCCCUCCGGCAUCCGCGACUACGUGAUGCUCAGGUCAGCCCUUCUGGGAGAAGAGGUCCCCGAGGGCCAUGACAAAGGGGACAGGCCUCAGAAGUACUUCGGACCGGACGCCUCUGCCGGCAAGUUCAAAUUGCUCCAUCCCGACUUCAUCAGCUACCUGACCGAGAGGUUUUUGAAAUCCAAGUUCAUCAAGACAAAAUUUGGGAACCUGUAUAUGCCUAGCACGGGGGCCCUCAUGCUGCUCACAGCUCUGCACACCUGUGACCAGGUCAGUGCCUACGGAUUCAUCACAAGCAACUACAAGAAGUUUUCUGACCACUACUUUGAGCGCGUCAGGAAGCCGCUGGUUUUCUACGUGAACCACGACCUGUCCCUGGAGGCCACGCUGUGGAAGUCCCUGCACGAGGCAGGCAUCCUUUGGCUGUACCAGCGCUGA